AUGGGCGAACUGAGCGAGAAAAAGAAUACCCCGGAUGACCAAGUCAGCAAGCAGGAAAACCGAAAUCCAGCCUCGUCGUCUUCGUCAACUACUGAGAAGGAAAAGGUGACUAAGAAGGGUGACACCGAUGCUACUAAGGGCUCGACACCGGAGGAUCUAGAUGCUCUGCUUGCUCAUCUACCCGAGAACGAACGGGAGGUUUUAAAGCAGCAGCUGGUCAUCCCAGAAGUCAAGGCUACCUACGGAACACUAUUUCGAUAUGCAACUAGGAAUGAUCUGAUAUUCCUCGCUAUUGUUUCUUUAGCUUCUAUUGCAGCUGGUGCUGCUCUCCCGCUUUUUACAGUUCUAUUCGGUUCGCUCGCAGGUACAUUUCGAGAUAUUGCUCUCCAAAAGAUCUCCUAUGAUGAGUUCAAUAGUAUAUUAACGAGAAACUCCCUCUACUUCGUCUACCUUGGAAUCGCCCAAUUCAUUCUCCUCUACGUAUCCACCGUUGGAUUCAUCUAUGUUGGUGAACAUAUCACUCAGAAGAUACGCGCAAAAUAUCUCCAUGCCAUCCUACGCCAGAACAUCGGUUUCUUCGAUAAACUCGGAGCUGGAGAAGUCACCACCCGGAUCACCGCAGACACAAACCUUAUCCAAGAUGGUAUAUCAGAGAAGGUCGGCUUGACCUUGACUGCCCUAUCGACCUUCUUCAGUGCCUUUAUUAUCGGAUAUGUCAGAUACUGGAAGCUUGCACUCAUCUGCAGCUCGACCAUCGUUGCGAUGGUUCUAGUUAUGGGCGUUAUAUCCAGAUUCGUGGUCAAGUCCGGGAAGAUGACCUUGAUAAGCUAUGGUGAAGGAGGUACCGUCGCGGAGGAAGUGAUCAGUUCUAUCAGAAAUGCCACUGCCUUUGGAACUCAAGAGAAGCUUGCAAGGCAGUACGAGGUGCAUUUGAAGGAAGCCAGAAAAUGGGGCCGAAGACUCCAAAUGAUGCUAGGCAUCAUGUUUGGCUCCAUGAUGGCUAUCAUGUACUCGAACUAUGGUCUUGGAUUCUGGAUGGGAUCGCGCUUCCUCGUUAAUGGUGAAACUGACCUCUCUGCAAUCGUCAACAUCCUCCUUGCAAUCGUUAUUGGAUCAUUCAGUAUCGGAAACGUGGCUCCUAAUACCCAGGCUUUUGCUUCCGCUAUUUCUGCCGGCGCAAAGAUCUUCGGCACCAUCGAUCGUGUUUCGGCAAUCGACCCGGGUUCUGAUGAGGGAGACACUAUCGAAAAAGUGGAGGGAACCAUUGAGUUCCGUGGCAUUAAGCAUAUCUACCCAUCUCGGCCCGAAGUUGUUGUAAUGCAAGACAUCAACUUAAUUGUUCCCAAAGGCAAAACCACUGCUCUUGUUGGACCUUCAGGCUCCGGAAAGAGUACCGUCGUCGGCUUAUUGGAGCGAUUCUAUAACCCGGUUUCUGGUUCCGUUCUUCUGGACGGUCGUGAUAUCAAGACCCUUAACCUCCGAUGGCUGCGUCAGCAGAUCUCGCUUGUGAGCCAGGAGCCCACAUUAUUCGGCACUACCAUCUUUGAAAAUAUCCGGUUGGGCCUUAUUGGCUCCCUAAUGGAGCAUGAAUCCGAGGAGCAAAUCAAGGUACGGAUCGAAAACGCAGCCAAGGAGGCUAACGCCCAUGACUUCAUUACGGGGCUGCCAGAAGGCUAUGAAACGGAUGUCGGUCAGCGUGGUUUCCUUCUAUCUGGUGGCCAGAAGCAGCGUAUUGCUAUUGCUCGUGCUAUUGUGAGCGAUCCUAAGAUCCUGUUGCUUGAUGAGGCCACCUCUGCUCUGGAUACCAAAUCUGAGGGUGUUGUCCAAGCUGCCCUUGAUGCCGCGUCCCGAGGAAGAACUACGAUCGUUAUUGCCCAUCGUCUGUCCACUAUUAAGUCCGCCGAUAACAUUGUUGUCAUUGUUGGUGGUCGCAUCGCUGAACAGGGUACUCAUGAUGAGCUUGUCGAUCUGAAAGGCACAUAUCUUCAACUGGUUGAGGCACAAAGGAUUAACGAGGAGCGUGGAGACGAAUCUGAAGAUGAAGCCAUGAUCGAGAAGGAGAAGGAAAUCUCACGCCAGAUUUCCGUUCCGGCAAAGAGUGUUCACUCUGGAAAAUACCCUGAUGAAGAUGUUGAAGCCAACCUCGGACGAAUCGAUACCAAGAAGUCUCUCUCAAGCGUUAUACUGUCCCAAAGACGUGGCCAAGAAAAAGAAACCGAAUACUCUCUCGGUACAUUGAUAAAAUUCAUCGCUAGCUUCAACAAGCCAGAGAGAUUGAUAAUGCUCUGUGGUUUCUUCUUUGCCGUUCUCUCUGGUGCUGGACAGCCUGUUCAAUCCGUCUUUUUCGCCAAGGGUAUUACAACACUCUCUCUGCCACCUGCCUUGUAUGGCAAACUGCGCCACGAUGCCAAUUUCUGGUCCCUGAUGUUCCUGAUGUUGGGUCUUGUUCAGCUUGUCACUCAAUCUGCUCAAGGUGUCAUCUUCGCUAUGUGCUCUGAGAGCUUGAUUUACCGAGCACGAAGUAAGUCCUUCCGUGCUAUGCUUCGACAGGAUAUUGCAUUCUUUGAUCUCCCAGAGAACAGUACUGGCGCAUUGACUUCCUUCCUAUCAACUGAAACGAAACAUCUUUCCGGUGUAAGUGGUGCCACUCUGGGAACAAUUCUGAUGGUUAGCACUACCCUCAUCGUGGCUCUGACUGUGGCUCUUGCCUUUGGCUGGAAACUUGCCCUUGUUUGCAUUUCCACUGUCCCUGUUCUUCUCCUCUGUGGAUUCUAUCGAUUCUGGAUCCUGGCACAAUUUCAGAGCAGAGCGAAGAAAGCGUAUGAGUCCUCUGCAAGCUAUGCUUGUGAGGCCACCUCUUCCAUCCGCACUGUUGCCUCUCUCACUAGAGAAAAGGGUGUAAUGGAGAUCUACGAGGGUCAACUUAAUGAUCAGGCCAAGAAGAGCUUGAGGUCCGUUGCCAAAUCCUCGCUUCUAUAUGCUGCUUCGCAAUCUUUCUCCUUUUUCUGUCUUGCUCUUGGCUUCUGGUAUGGAGGUGGCCUUCUUGGCAAGGGAGAGUAUAACGCUUUCCAAUUUUUCUUGUGUAUCUCCUGCGUUAUCUUCGGCUCCCAGUCAGCUGGAAUCGUCUUUUCGUUCUCUCCUGAUAUGGGUAAGGCAAAGAGCGCGGCUGCUGAUUUCAAGAGGCUCUUUGACCGUGUGCCGACAAUUGACAUUGAGUCGCCUGAUGGUGAAAAGCUUGAUACAGUCGAAGGUACUAUUGAGUUCCGUGAUGUGCAUUUCAGAUAUCCCACACGCCCGGAACAACCUGUUCUCCGUGGCCUUAACCUAACUGUCAAGCCUGGCCAAUAUAUCGCAUUGGUUGGACCAAGUGGAUGCGGCAAGAGUACUACCAUUGCUCUCAUCGAACGAUUCUACGACACAUUAUCUGGCGGUGUGUAUAUUGAUGGGAAGGAUAUCUCGAGGCUUAACGUCAACUCUUACCGAAGCCACCUGGCACUCGUCAGCCAGGAACCAACUCUUUACCAAGGAACGAUUCGGGACAAUGUCCUCCUUGGGGUUGACAGGGAUGAUGUCCCCGACGAGCAAGUCUUUGCUGCCUGCAAGGCUGCCAACAUUUAUGACUUCAUCAUGUCCCUACCCGAUGGCUUUGGCACUGUGGUCGGAAGCAAGGGAAGCAUGUUGUCUGGUGGUCAGAAGCAACGUAUUGCGAUCGCCCGUGCUCUUAUACGAGAUCCAAAGGUUCUCCUCCUUGACGAGGCUACAUCUGCACUAGACUCUGAAUCUGAAAAGGUUGUUCAAGCUGCUCUUGACGCAGCUGCGAAGGGUCGAACGACUAUCGCCGUUGCUCAUCGUCUUAGCACUAUUCAGAAGGCAGACGUCAUUUAUGUCUUCGACCAGGGCCGCAUCGUUGAAAGCGGUACACAUCACGAACUCCUUCAAAAUAAGGGUCGAUACUACGAAUUGGUCCACAUGCAGAGCCUCGAGAAAACUCACUAA